AUGGCCGAAGUUGCCGGUCUGGCUUUGAGCGGCGUUGCCCUCGCCAGCCUGAUUACAUCCUGCAUCGACAUCAUCAAAUACUGGAACGACGGAAGGUUUUGGAUCAAUGAUCUCGGUCUGGCGAUCACCAAGGGCUUAUGCGAUGAGAAGCUCGUCUCUGAGAUCCAGCCAAUCCGCGAAUCUAUCAUUGGUGCAACUGCGCUCCGCCACAGCAGCAAAGCCCAGAAUUCGACACCAAAUGCCGGGAAUGAUGACCACCCCUUGACCCUUCACGAAUGGAUUCGUUUGACGCAGCACAUCGCACAAAGCCUUCUGCGGCAAUAUGUCAAUCUUGCUUUGGCCGUCGCAUUUCUACGUGAAUCGGGACGCCAGGCUACUCGACUCCCUCCGGACGACAUCGAGUCAAUAUGGUCACUUGUACAAGGAGUAUUAUCAGAGACAUCAAUCAUCCGCAAAGUCGAUCGAAACGUCGAGGGAUUUAUUUCAAUCACUCUUUGGUGCAUGGCCAAAGACGGCAAUGUUCAGGAAUCAGUUCAGCUUGAAGUAUGGUUCCCUGGGGUCAAACGAGGAAACGAGGGGACACCCGUCAUCUCUUCGCACCAACAGCUUGAUCAGAGCUGGGUCCUACUGGGACAGGCGAGAGACUACAGAUAUCAAGUCCAGAAGGCACAACAAACGACAGCCACACAUGCCAGGUAUGAGCUGUCUUCAAGCCAUACCAACAGCAAGAGCACCGAAAAUCCUGCCAGAUACGUCAACACCGGGGAACUAGUUCAGGCGAACGAGAUACAGUCAGAAAUGCGCUCGCGCCACAUGACCUAUAGCAGAUACGCCGGAGCCUUUUGUCGGUUGGAAGUUGACCGGGAUGAGAUGCACGUGGCAUUCUCGUUUUCCAACUAUGCACAGGGUUCACGGCGUGUCCCUUCCAUACUGGUCCCCGCGAAGGGUGGCUAUUUUCAGGAGAGCGAUAUUGAAACCACCACACCCGCCACAAUUACAGCAGCGAUUGAAACUUUUCGCAAUUGGGAGCAGUUCCACCAGCAUGGUCUAGCCCACACCCGUAGAAACGAACUGGAGGAAGCGCUGCGCGCCCAUCACAGUGCUUUGGCCAUGUGUGAUGGCAAGACCGACCUCCCACAUGCCACACAUUAUCGAUACGUGGUGCUUGCCGAACUCGGGUAUGUUUACAGAAUGCUUGGGCGAUUUGCAAGAGCCAGUGAGUGCCUGGAAGACGCAGUCAGGAACAUGCCGCCCAACGAGAGCCGUCUCAAAGCACUUGGAGAGCUUGCGGUCGUGUAUCGUCAUUUAGACAAACUGAAAGACGCCAAACGGACUUGCGAAGAACAGUAUGAAUCUGCCAAACUCAUGGGGCUCGAGCUUGAAACAGAGCGUGCAAUCGGUAAUCUUGGCAUGGUCAACUACCAACUUUUCCUGACCAAUAAUGACAAUCAGUACUUGACUGUGGCCAUAAAGCAGUUGGAAGAACGGGUUGAUAUAUGCCGGCGGCUGCGAAUUCCAACGGACACUCAAGAAGAUUCCCGUCGAAAGGCCGCCAAGGCUCAGACCGCUACAGCGCAUGAGGCUAUCGCAUUUGCCCGAUUAUCGCUGUGUUACACUGUGCAAGGGGAUCUCGACAAAGCGAUCAGCGCAGCUUGGGAUUGCCAAGAGCUGUCCAUCCAGUCAGGCGACCCAAGCAAGAUUGCAUUCUCCAGGCUAUUUUACGGCCGAGCGCUGCUCAAGAAUGAACAGAAAGAAAAGGCGCUUGCUGAGUUCAAUCCUUCAGACGGGAAUACGCCAGUCGCAGCUCUCUCGAAAGAGCCUUGCGAAGAGUACCGGGGCUACAUUCAGGAAAUGAUCGAUGCUGGAGCGGACUUGACUUUACGAGACAAAUCUGGCUACUCAGCACUGGACUUUGCAGUCUACAGCGGUGAUGACCUGACACAGAAUAUUCUCAUCGAAGGUCUUCGGCGACAGCUCAACCAAGACAAGGUCGAGCAGCAUCGGCUGGAAUCUUCGCUUCGAAAGGGCUAUCGGGAGCUUUUUCAGGAGAUAUUGCGACCGGUGCUGCUAGAAGGAGACAAACGAUCUAGCAUCAAACGCCUGCGACAGGCGUAUGCGAAAGCCCUUGCUGCGGACGAAGAGAAAGCACGCCAGUUUGAUGCAUUCAAAUACGUACGGUUUGCCGACUUUGCUAGACACGGUAAGCUGCCCAAGUCUAGCGAGAACCUGACACGCCGCUUUGGCGACGACGAUGAUGAAGACCUUUACGUGAUUUUCAUGUCUUACACAUGGUCCAAGAAGAAGCGUACUGGGGAAUUCUCCCCCGACGACAUGGAAAAUACGAAGUAUCAUCAAAUGAUCAACGCUUUGGAAAGUUUUCUUCUGGAGCAUCCCAAUGUGAGUCCCGAGACCGUUUGCGUAUGGCUUGACUGGGCCUGUAUCGACCAGGACAACCGAGACAUACAGGCGCGCGGUGUCGCAGCCCUACCAAUGUGCGUUGCACAAUGUAACGCCAUGAUCAGUAUUACCGAAGAAAGAUCGUAUCAUGCCCAUGGAUGGUAUGAAUUCGAGUAUGACGCACGUCAAGAGAGGAAUGUACUUCGAGAUGGGAAACUUACGAAAGCGCUAAGUGUGGCCUCAGCGAAGGUCACUGUGGAGAGCGAUCGUCCCCAACUAGAGUUCCUGGAGAGGCAGGCGAAGCUUCUGGAUAUCACAACUGGUGCAUGA